AUGUGUCCGGCACUAUCCAACAUCACUCAACUCGUGAGGUUUCAGUAUGUAGCUAUCCCCACGCAGCGCGUCUAUGUCUCAAAAACCAUUGCAUCUGUGAGGUUUCAGUAUGCAGCUAUCCUCACUCAACACGUCUAGGUGUCUCGCAAUCUCCAAUACAAAUCACCUGAGAGGUUUCAGUAUGUGUCUAUCCUCAUUCAACGCGUCUUUGUGUUCGGCACUCCAACAUCACUCAACCCGUGGGGUUUCAGUAUGCAGCUAUUCCCACUCAACCCGUGCAUGUGUCUGGCAAUCUCAAACCUCGAUCACUCAACCCGUGGGGUUUCAGUAUACAGCUAUAAUCACUCAACACGUCUAUUUGUCCGGCAAUCUCCUACAUCACUCAACCUGUGAGGUUUCCGUAAGCAAUCCUCACUCCGCGCAUCCAUGCGUCACGCGCCUUUGAUAGCGCAUACUAUGGGGGCUAUAUUUGGGGUAGCGUGUUUGACAGCGCUUUGCCAACAGCGCCAAUCCACUUAAGUCUACAUGGGGGGGGGGAGGGUACUCAUUGUCGUGCAUGCCGUAGUCGUUAGACCAUUGACCUCGCAUCCCUACAAAGCCGGGACGGAGCACGCCGGGUUCUCACCGGACCAGGCUCUCACAUCACCAAGCGCGAAGCGCCGUGAGAUAUUCGGCGAGUCGCAUGAAGGGUGCGCUGCAUCCUGCUAAGGGUUUUCGGCAUCUUGUGCUUACUUCCUUGCGUACGGAUGACAGCUGCGUAUGAAUUAAUUUAUUUUCUGGUGCUUUCACUUCCAGGAACAGUUGUAAGCACUGUGUAACUGCCUCGAGGGUGCUUCACCGUUUUAACACAACGUGGUGCGAUCAUCCCCCUUGCGCGGAGUGAGGGUUCUCCACCCCGCACAACAUGAUCUACUCGACCACCAUUAUGGUUACCGCCAAAAUAAAAACAGAGGCAAAAAAACAACAAACGGUAACCUGGUUGCCGAGUUCACGAAGUGAAUUGACUUGUUUUACAACGUCUACGUCGUUGCCAAGCGACGAAAACCCAACCCCGAUGGCAAAACACCGGGGGGGGCAUGGGUCCUCGGGGGGGGCGGAAAUUUCGUGUCCCCUGCUUCGCUUUUUCCUAUACGUGAUGUAAGAUAAAUCACCAAAUUUCGCUGAAAAACCACCUUCCCGACCCCGGAUAAAAAAUCUGAGACCGGAUAUCGCAUGUACACACCCAGAGCAACCCACAGUUGACUUUUCAGACCUUAGGAGGUUUGGCAACAACUCCAAUCUCAACCUCACUUCGGCAUACGCCGGAAGGCCCCCACGAUAUCCUGGCUUCGGCUGGGCUUGAGUUAACCGUUUUGCUGUCCUCCGCUCUUUGCUUCAGUGGCUUGCUGGAUUCGGGCGAGGGCAUGUGUGGAGCUAUGGCAGUGUAGUCUAUGUGUUGCAAUUUUGUUUAAGUCACCUAGCUGCUGACACGAUGACUGUUGGAUCUUGGAAGUGUACGAUUAUCAGAUUGGGAAAUAGAUGCAGCAUACCACGAUAUUCUGGCUUCGGCUGGGCUUGAACUAACCCUUUUGCUGUCCUCCGCUCCUUGCAUCAGUGACUUCCUAGGUUCGGGCGAGGGCAUGUGUGGAGCUAUGGAUGUGUAUGUGUUGCUACUAUUUUGUUUGAGUCACCUAGCUGCUGACACGAUGACUGUUGGAUCUUGGAAGUGUACGAUUAUCAGAUUGGGAAAUAGAUGCAGCAUACCACGAUAUUCUGGCUUCGGCUGGGCUUGAACUAACCCUUUUGCUGUCCUCCGCUCCUUGCAUCAGUGACUUCCUAGGUUCGAGCGAGGGCAUUUGCGUAGCUGAGAUGUGUGUCUGCGUGAAAGAAUAUGUAGAGAGAGUUGUAUUGGUAUUCGCAUCUAGCGCAUUGCACAUUUUUCGAAUGUUGGCCCCCUUCCAGGGGCCUUGAUUUUUUCCCGCUGGCACUGACGUCUUUAUAAAUUGGUCAGCCGGUUCGCG